CAUAGACCGUAGAAGCCAUACGCUAUCCAGCUUCUUCGAAGGAAGUAGCCAAAAAAAGACGAAUUCAAUGGUAGGAAAUAUCACCAAGGCCUCAACCAUGGUUGCCAAGACCAUGCGCCCAAGCUCCCCAUAGAUAACCCUCAGGUCAAAGUAGCUUCAAGCUACCCCUGUCACAAUCUCAAUGACGACACAUCAACUCGUCCCUUGACUGAGCUUUCACCACUGAACCACGACACACACCAACGGCCAGACAGCAAAAGUCUCUCUGUCUCUGGAAAUUUCAGUAAAAAUGGGCGCCGAAUCCUCAAAGGUUGCGCGCAAACUACCCAAAAAUGCGACAGCCGCCUCCAUCGCCGCUGCGUCGCGAUCUGGUGCCGGCGCUGCACCACGAGCUCCCCCUCCUCGCGUAAACGGCGGACAGGAGGCGUCGCAGUCGCAGAUGGAAUCAGCUUCAUCAGAUACCUAUGAAGUAGCCGCACCGCCGACUCAAGAUCACCUUCACCAUCACCACCAAGGGCAACAACAACAACCACCUACAAGGACAUCAGCAACUUCUUCAUUCCAAUCUCCAACAGGAUCAGGUUCUCCCCUAGACGCAAUCGGCGACCCCGCCUUCGCCGCCCGCCUCCGCCAACUCUCCGCCACCGUCCAGCCCAACCCCAUCCACUCGCCUUCGUCAACCGUCUCCGUUCAUCCUCAACCUCAACUUCAAUCGCAGAACCUUCCAUCCUCUAACAAAUUCCAGUCUCAAUUCCCAUCCCGCGCUUCAUUCCAAUCUUCCCAAUCACCCCAGCAGCAGCAAACACCCCCUUCCUCCCCACAAAAAGAAAACAUUCCCACACUCCUCUCCCCCUCCUUCCCCUCUCUCAGAUCCAAUGCUACCCUAACCGCGCUUGAUGCGCGUAGAGAGUUAGAACAAAAAUACGAAGAGGAGAUGGAUAAGUUUGGGAGGAAUGACAAGACUUUCAAGGGCAGGCAGUUCUUGUCGGUGCAGAUGGUCAAGGAUGUGUUUGAGCUGAGGAGGAGGGGUGUGGGUACUGAAGAAAUUGAGAGGAGACUGGGGUUGGCGAGGGGGGUGGUGAGGGGCAUGGAGGGGGGUGGGGUUGUUAGGGCUGUGGAUGCGUUUGAGGCGCGGGCUUGA